AUGUACUUCUUCCUUACACAGUUAUCAUUGUGUGACCUCCUGGUGACCACAGACAUCGUCCCCGUCCUUCUUCACACUGUACUGUAUGGAGGGAGCUCUAUGACCCUCAUCGGCUGCAUCAUCCAGUUUUGUCUCUUUGCCAUCUCAGAGUUUUCGGAAUGUCUUCUGCUGUCGGUGAUGUCUUAUGAUCGGUAUCUGGCCAUCUGUAGCCCCCUCAGGUAUAAUUCUGUCAUGACUCAUAGGUUUUGUGUGACGUCCGCAGGAAUGAUCUGGUUGGUGGCUUUUCUGGUGAUGUCGGUCUACGCUAUUUCUUUCACUAAGCUGUAUUUCUGUGAACCACAUGUUAUUCACCAUUUCUACUGUGAUUUGGAGCCUAUUCUGCUGCUCUCCUGCUCAAAUACAUCCAUAAUUCAUAAGCAGAAUAUGGUCAUUGGUGUUCUAACUGGAUUUUGCCCCUUCAUUGUAAUUUUGAUGUCUUAUUUGUCCAUCGUCAUCACCAUUCUAAAGAUCCCAUCCAAUACUGGUAGACAGAAAGCUUUCUCCACCUGUAGCUCCCACCUCAUUGUGGUCUCCAUAUUUUUUGGGACAUUGAUCGUGGUUUAUAUGUUUCCUAUGAAAGGACAAUCCCCGAUCCUGAGUAAGGUCUUGUCUCUGAUUUAUACUGUGGUGAUCCCCCUACUUAAUCCUGUCAUAUACACCCUGAGGAACAAAGACUUUAAUAAAGCUUUUCACAAGAUUAAAUGUAUCUUCUAG